CAUGACAGAAUGCAGGGAGCGCAGAACAACAUGUUGCACUAAAUUCAUUCACGGACCCCCGAACAGUCGUUUUGAGUUUUUUAGUUUUCUCCACAGCAGCGGUUGUUAACGUAAUGUCUCGGAAAUGUUUUAAUAUUAUUUUUCAACGGCAGCAGCAGCAGUUUCAUGCCACACUAGUUCUGUUUUUAAACUUAAACCUAGCAUAAACUUGUUAGCGGUUCAGCCGACUGCUCCUCGCGCACAUUUGAGGAAAACCAUGAGGACGGAGGAGCAACGUUUACAGGAAGGGAUUGUUGUGCCGUGUGGGACAGCAGAGCGGGGCGGCUCCGGUCACAAAGUCUCUCCGUGAGCGUCUCCUUGAAUGGGGCGGUGUGUUUUGAUCCGCUCUGCCAUCCUGCAAAAAGUACCGUCGGGGGAGUAGGGCGGGGGGCAGCGGUCCGACCGGCGGAGAGGGACUCCUGGCUGCUGGGGCUGCGGGCUGAACACAAAGCCAGACCACUUUGGAUUCAUAUUUGGGGAGAUUAUGGUUCGGAAAAGGCCUGCCGCUCCGUCGCCGCUGGUUCUCCAACAAAGGAAAUACCUGUAGCAUCUCUCACUUCAGCGCUGUGACCGCCGCGGAAACGGAACACGGCGUCAGUCGCUAGUUGGUGAAAGUUGACAAGUUAGCUCUCGACUUGGCCAACUCGAGAGUAGCGCUCCAGCGCAAUUACGCGCGCGCGCACGCAGGCAUACACGCGCGCUCCCUUUGUUGUGAAGUUUACUCUCCGUUGAAAGUCUGCCGUUUCAAUUGCACGCAUUUUUCAAAACCCUCAGCUCGAGUUCCAUUGGGAGUGGAUGUGUGAGGAUGGUGGAGAGCCGGAGCAGCGUCCAGAGGGAGGGGGUGUACCGCUGGUUCUCCUCCCUCACCUCCGCCCAGAGAGCCGAGUUCCUGUGCGGCCUCCUGGACCUCUGCGUCCCCAUCGAGCUCCGCUUCCUCGGCUCCUGCCUGGAGGACUUGGCCCGCAAGGACUACCAUUCCCUCCGGGAUGCGGAGAUCAAAGCCAACAACCCCGCCGACCUGUCGGGUCUCACCAACAUCACGGACGAGGUGGUGCGCAGCAAGCUACUGGUGUCCCUCGCCCUGCUCGGCGCGGAUAACCGGGAGGCGGCGGGGGUCCUGUACCGGACCCUGACUCACAUAGACACGGUGAUCAAUAACUACGGCUUGGCGUUGAACGACGGGAGGACCGAGGAGCAGUUCCUGUUGCUUUUCACCAUGGCCUCUCACCACCCGGCCUUCAGCUUCCACCAGAAGCAGGUGCUGAGGCAGCAGCUCGGCCAGAUCCAGGACAUCCUGCAGGUGAGCACGGGAGGAGGAGGAGGAGGAGGAGGAGGAGAGGCUCAAGCAGCAGGCUCUGUUGGGGAUCGUCCCUCUCAGCCACAUCACCACUAUCACCAUCAGACCGGGUCCCUGCCACUGGCCUCAUCGGCCCCCGCUGCCUGCUCCCCGCCCGCUGCCAGCGCCACCUGCCUGCCUCCAUCCGCCUGCCAACCCUGCCACACACACUGCACCUGCUGGCACAAGAGCCAGACCAGAGAGGCCGGCACAGUCUCAGGGGUCACCGUGGGACGACGAGACCGAGCGGUCAGCCAGGAGCUCACCCCUCCUCACCCAGACCUCCCUCCCCCUCCCCCUCCUCCACCACCACCACCUCCUCCUACUCAUCUGCCUCCUCCUCUACCUGCUGGGCAGGUCCAGGAAGCAGCAGCACCAACCAAGAACCACACCAAAAGGCUGAUUGAGAGGGUGGUGCUGAGAGGAGUGACCCACCCGUCUGAAGACACCAGUGAAUAUGUGCUCGAGGCCAGCUGGUCAGAUGGUCUCAUGUCAUCCGUUGUCAGAACUCGGCAGGAGGUGAUGGAACUGCUGACCCAGCUGUCACAAGCAUUUCCUGAUGACGCACUGGAGAAAUUCUUCCCUCAGUCCAUAGAGCUGGACCCCAGGUGUCUGACAGCGCUGCCCUGCCAUGUCCUCCAGCACCACAGCGUCCAGCUGUUCUUCACCUCCACCAGGCCUCUCUCACCCAACUGUCCUGCCUCCCUCCCCUUGACCCUCCCUCCAUUAUCCUCCUCCCUUCCCAUGGCUCCUGUAUCCCAGACGUGUCCGUUCACCUCCUGUUCUAAACUUGGCUGUGUGGUUCAGCUCAGAGGAGCCAACAGGGCGGUAUACAGAGUGGCCAGCGUCCAGCCCGUCAUCAGCACCCACAGCUCUGUCUUGACUCGCCCCUCUCCUCACCUCUCCUCCCUCCCUCCUCCUCUUCCUCCCCCCAUUCCGCAUCCCCAGCUGUCCUCCCUCCCUCACCCCGUGCCAGCCCUGCCCACCCAGUGCUCCUUGGCUGGUGGAUGCGAUCCCUCCUCCCAGCCACAUCCCCAGCACAGUCAGUCCCACUCAUACUCUCAGCUCCACCUUCAUCCCCAAACCGGCGGUCAGUCCAGCGGUCCGCCUCAGUCCCCGCACCUGUCCCAUCCCCAGCCGACGUCCCACUCACAUUCCCAAUCCCUUUCGUACCCCCAGUCCCAUUCCCUGUCACGUUCCCAGUCCCACUCACAGGCACCAUGCCAGUCCCAGCCCAACACCGCGGAGCAGAACGGCAUCCUGGACUGGCUCCGCAGGCUUCGGCUCCACAAGUAUUACCCCGUCUUCAAACAGCUCACCAUGGAGGAGUUUUUAGCGCUGACGGAGGAGGACCUGAACAAGUACGACCUGACCCAAGGAGCAAAGAAGAAGCUCAAGACUCAACUAGAGCUACAAAAGACCCAACUAGAGAUACAAAAGGAGAUGCAGAUGAAGAAGCGGCCCUGCAGCGGUAUCGCCAGGGUGACGCCCUCCAGUCACAUGGGACCCUCAACACAUCCCACCUCCACCGCAGGAGAGCUGCGAGUGGAGGUGGACGCUGUGCCGCACCAUCACCCCGUCUCGACAGACAGCAGCUCGUCCUCAGGCUACUCCAGCUCUCCCUGCUCCCCCCGAACGCCACUCUGCUGUGACUACACCUUCGACAGGACCAGAGACAUUCACAGGCGUGUGUCGGGUCUGGACGCAGCAGGAGGGGGUCCAGAGAAGGACCGGUCCUGUCUCUUCAUCCUGAACUCCAGUGGCCCGACAGGCUCCAGUCGCCCCACAGCCCAGGUCCUGCCUGUCCAAACCGACCCAGCCCCUCUUCACCCUCCCUCAUGCUCCUCCCACCUCCCCCUCGGCCUCCCGCAGUCUCCUUACCACCCGCAGGCCAGUUACCCCCAGACCCUGCUCUCCCCGGUCUCAAACCCAGCACGCAUCCAGAGUUCCCCCCGUAAGCCCAGGCCCCCUCCGCUGUGCACAGAGGACAGGACUAAGCCGCUGGGCUCGGGCCCACCUGUAGUUGGGGCAGGCUUCCCGUCGGGGCUCAGUGUGGGGAUGGGGGUGAGGCUGGAGAGCCUGUUCCCUGGGCUGAACAUGGACGGCUCUUCCUCACUCCAGGACUCGCUGGUUUGCCGCGGCCUGGCGGGAGCUGCCGUGGGUCUCAUGGUGGAGACCAGUUCUGCUCUAACCUCCACCUCCAACAGCCUCCACCACGUCUCUCACCCCCCACUGCACUUCCAUCUCUCGUCCUCUUCAUCCCCUUCUCCAUCUGGAUACUACUCCUACCCACCUACUUCUUUCUCCUCUUCCUGUCCCUCCACAAAAUCUGGCAGCUCCAGUAGUAGUGGUGGUGGUGGUGGUGGCGGCUUUGUUCCCAUGGCAACCGCAAGCAGUGUUCCCGUGGCUGCGGUGCCCGGCAACACGUACUUCCCGGCCCAGCCUCCCUCUAGCCCCUCCCCUUCCCCCUCCACUGGCUCUUCAUUGGAUCACGGUUCAGGUCAGACCGCCUCCAUGUGUGUCUGCAGCUCCUGCGGUUGUCGGGGUAACUGUGGCGCCUACGGGGCGUUGCCUGGAUACGCGGCGGCCGGCUACUUGCAGCCGUUCAGCCCCUCCCUCUUCACCCUCGGUCCUCUGCUCCACCUCAGCCCCCUGAUCGCCUCGUCCAGCGCCGCCGGCAACGGAGCCACGCCCUUCUCCUACCCGAUGAUGCUGCCUCCGCCCCUCUACCGCCAGAGCCCUGUGUCACAUGACCAGCAGCAGGGCUUUGCCUUCUACCAGCCUCACGGCAUCGUGGGGAAUGGAGGCCAGAAGCGGGCCGCAGGUAACGUGUCCUGUUAUAACUGCGGUGCCAACGGACACAGAGCAGAGGAAUGCAAACAGCCGGCCAUGGAUUCAGCACAGCAAGGGACAUUUCGACUGAAGUACACUCCUCACUCUGACAGUAAGGACUCGGGGGACUAACCAGCGGUGUGGAUUUGAACUGUCAUACUCCUGACACAACUGUACCUCAUGUUCCUGCUGAAGCCGGCAGGCGGCCGCCGCAGACAGCCCGCCUUGGGGGACGACGAGGCAACGCGAGUCUGUUCAAAAGACCGGAGGACUGGAGGAGCGGACCCAUUGCCUCUAUCGGAACUCUUUCUACAGAGAGAUGAGAGGAGGACGGAAAAGAAACUGAUUGGUGAGAAGAGGGGAGCGCUUGUCGUGGCCCGUUUUUUUUUUUUUUGGUCAGAUUAGCUUUCAUCCUUCCUCGGUUCUCCACGAAUACAAAGCCGGAGAUUUGUAAACUCUGCCUCGCUUCAUUUCAGAGACGUGGCCGGAACUCUGCCUGUCAUGUUACCCAUGGUGCAGCAGUACAACCGUACAUCUCAAAAUCUGCCUCCCAGCUGAAUGACUCAACAUUUAUUCUCGUGUAGGUGGUUCACAAACCAAAGGCACAGCACUCCAGUAUCCUAACAACGUCCUGGGCACUGAGGCAAGUUCACUUCUAGUCUCAAAUCGUGCCCUUAUCCUGACGGACAGGACACCUUGGAUGUAUGCCCAGCACCACUGUUGUCUUCCCUUUUGAUUCAACGUGCUGGUAUAUUGACACUUUAAAAAAUAGCUGUUUUGUACAGUAGAGUCCAGUUGCAAGAGCUGUGUUCCAGUUCGUGCUGCAUAUUAUUUAUAGAGAGUAUAUACUGAUGUUUAGAGUAUAUUGUUUUUGCAGCUAGAAGUCAACCAAAAUGUUUUUUCAUUUUAUUCCAACAGGAAAUGUUGCAAUACACGUGCUCUGAGCAAAGUCCGACUUUAGAGCACAACUGCCAAUUAAAGUCCUCAAAGAGAAGCUUAACGAUCCCUUGCAAUUGCAUUUCUUUGCAGCUGUGAGCAGUUCCUGUACUUCCUUUGAGCAUUGGAUUGUGGGAGAAUUGUGUCCAUCAAAAGCACACGAUUUUGAGUAUACUGUACACACUACAUACUCAAAACCUGCUGAAGAUUAAGGUUUGCCGUUAGUAUUUGGGACCUUUCGGCUGUAUCGCUUUCUUGCACAUUCUCCUAGAAGGCAAGUUAAAAAAAGAGAAAAAAACAGUCACUUUAAGGUACCCUGUGGUACCUUUUUUUUUUAACCACUUAUAGUACUACAGAGCUCAACAGUGAGUGUUUGCGGGGACAUGAAUGACCCAUUUAUGAUCGUGUUUUUGAGGUAUCCUAUUUCAAUGUUUGAUCGUGUAAACGCCAUAUACCGUUUCUAGAAACCGGGACAAGCCCUUAUCCUGUUUAUGAGACAAAUAUGCUAACUGGAGUACUCCGAAAGAAACCGGCAUACUGGAAAAGAAAAGUAAAGCAGCUAAAACAUGGCAUUUAUACGAACCGUAUCCCGGUUAUCGUGCGCCGCCGAAUAUCUGCGCUAGUGCGGCUCGGGCCAAGUGAUGUAACAGAAAUGCAGUUGAUGGCAGCAGAGAAAGCGCCUCACUUCAGGAGCGACGAAGAAACAAGUUUGUCUUUCGGUGAUAAAAAGGGGCGUGUUUAUCAUAUAUACAGGGAUAUGAAUAACCUGAUUGGUCUGUGCUAGAUAUGAUAAUAAUAACUGAGAUAAUCCUCAUGAAUGGACAAUCAAUGUCCAUGUAAACACAGUCACUGUCUUGUUGAACAGCUCCGGUUUCGGAAGUGAAAUUCACAUUCAUUCACUCAAUGGAUGUUUCAGAAAAUUCUGAUGAAAAGAGUUUUAAACUUGAGAGAAAACCAACCAACUACGACGUGAAUCAUGGCCAAAAAACGUACAUUAUUAUUUUAAGAGUGAAGGAACUAUUCAUUCCAUAAAACCAUUGGGAAUGGCGCUCGUCACCUUUGGAAACUCACCGAAAGCUUUUAAGCUAACCAUGGUUGAUCUAAAUUGAAGAUAGAUUUAGUUUACCACAAUGUUACUUCUCCAUGACAUUGCAAAUAAACAAUAUCAUACAGACUUGUGGCUUCUACAGGAGCAUCUGCAUCACGAUGUCAUAGCUCCUGUCUCAGUCUACCUGGGAUGGUUACGAUAUUAUAAUCUAAUAAUCAAAGUACGUGAUUCAGAACGUGAAUGGGAUUUUCACUUCCGGAUCCCCACUGUUGAGCUCAACGGAGUAACGCUUUGAUGAGCAGGUCCGUGGUAAAAAUGGAUGUAAUCAAAGCAGGGUUUAAAAUACAGGAUGAAGGAGUAAGGAUGCACCCAAUGCAUUAUGUGAGGAACACUUGAUGUAAACCAGGGAACGUUUUAAAAGGAGAUGAGUUCCCCUGAUUCAAGGGCUGGAGCCCCCAAAGGAAGAGCUGAAGGAAGGACCCAUGGUUCUGCUGAACCAGCUGCUCCACCUAGAAAACUGGAGUCCCUCUUCAGGGAUUACUGAUCACAGAGUGAUUCAUUCGUUCAUUGUUGUCACCAGAGCCUGGGGCUGAAUCCAUCAACUUUGGGUGAUCUGCAGCCUCUCUACCUCUGAGCCAACCCGAUAGCAAAAUGGCCUCCAGUGCCAAAUACUGAUCCUCUAUAAACCAAGACAAUCAGAAUGCAUGCUAAAUGUUUUCAGAAACUCUUCUUGUCAGUACAGAAUGAAUUUGAAUGUUCAGAUCACACCUGUGUCGGACAUUUCAAAAGUGCCAAUUUGGUUUUCUGUUAAGUUCGGUGGUGUUUCUUUUUUUUAACGUUGUUGAUGUAAGUGAAUUAAGGUUGAGGGGACAUCGACCCUAAACUUGUUCUCACUCCUGGAGAGGUGGAUCUGACUCUUUUUGUAAUUAAUACAGUAUGUACAGUCUUUAUGCAAAACACAUUUCAGGACUGUUAGAAUUGGAACGAGUGUAAGUAAGUUGGAAAAUGUUUCGCAGUGUAUUCAAGACUCUGACUGAGUGAGUCCCUGGGCAGGACCCAGAGCUUUAUAGACACGAGGACAGCUGGUCCUUCAGAUGAAACUCUACCUGUGCCCCUGGAGGGCACACCACAGAGACACGGGAUGUUUAUUUAAAAUGCCAAAUACUGAACAUUCGGUAUGUAUAACAACUUCUGUCUGUUGUUCAAACUAAUGCUUUUGUAUUAUGUUGUAAAGUGACCCUUCGCUAAGUCCCGCCCGUCAAAACGCAGACUGGCCAAUCGUAGCGUAGAAUCAGCCAGCUCUGACCAGGGUCCGAUAACUAUAUGGCUCAGCACCGUAGACCCUCAUGCAGUCGUUUUCUUCAUUAUCAGGCUGGUUUAGUGUAUUUGGUAAUGUGAUGGUGAUACUUGUUACCUGGAGAUGUUGGAAGGAGAUAUACGUUUUUAAAAUGUCACGUUUCUACAUAAAAACUUGUGGAGCUAACAUAGUACGUUAGCACUUCAUUAACUAGCGUUAUCACUUCUAUACUUUGCUAGCUCCUGGAGGUAUACUGAUACUGUAUACACAUGCUGCUUUUGCUUUUUAACAGUGAAUAAAGACCAACCUGGCUAUACAGGAACAACGUUGCUCCUUAAUGUCAUUGUCUUCUGUCUCGAUCGCCAGGCGAUGUGAUGGUUCACUUUUACGCUGUGAACUGUAGAGGCUUUAGCUUCUAUCUUUGUCUUUUGAGCCUGUUUUCACUGCUGAAUUAGUUUGACAUCCUGGAUAUAUCCUUCUAACAUAUAUUUUAGACCCGUCUUUCUGCUUCUCUCUGAAAUCUCUUUUUUUGUUUUUCCCAAAACUUAGAUAAUACUUCUUCACGGAGUGCAGUUAGUGACAGUGUGGGCUCCGUGGUAUAGCUACGAAAGCUUGGCCGAGUAGCAGCAGGGGGCGGGGCUUAACCAAGGGUCAAUUGUGUCACAGAAAUAGAGUGCAGGAGUGAGUCCUAAUACCUGGAAAUGAGUCAGCAUUUUUGCACUCCCUCGUCUCAAUGAAUCUUUUGAUUAGGUUAUUGGUUAUAUGCCUGAAAUAAGGUCUGUGGUGAAAACCAGCUGGCAGUUUAACGUUUUGUUCAAUUCAAUACAAAACAUUCAAUACAUCAGUACAUACUCAUUAUUCAUUUUGAAGCUUUUACAUGGCCUAAAAAAGGCAAUCGCUAACAAGUUGUUAAAUGAGACUACAAAACGUCAUCCUGCCAACUAUACCUUUACAGUUAUGUAGUGUAUUCCACUCAUGCUACCCUGGUGGUUUACAGCAUAACAUUAUCCCCUUGAAUGAUCUUGCUUAACACAACUUGUAAAUGUCAUAACUUGUUUGCCACAGAGCUUAUUUUCUGCGAGAAUCCAAAAUCCAAUGAAAAAAUCCCAUUGGCUUUGUCCAGGGAACCAGUAUGAUGCUGACCUUCAAAAAUAUGAAUAGUUUUUUACUAUUUCAUUUAGCAGUUUCCUGAGACCAGACAUGAGUCUGAAUCUGUGCCUGGUUAACUGAUCCUCCAGCAUGCAUGUUCAUCUUAUGUAAAAAGUGCUUUUGGAAUAUAUGUGUGCAAAUGUUUGAACAGUUCAUUUGUAGGUCAGAUUUUUUUCAUUACCCAAUGUGUUUUAAAACUUGUUUUAUUUGAACCUUGAGACGAGUAAUAAAAUAUUUUCUGAUUCUGUCUUUUAUCACACAGUGUAUAAGCCCAAUUUAUCAAGUUAAAAGGUAAUAUAAGCCAUUUAAAAUAUUCAAAUACAUACCAUUAAGCCUUUUUCACAUUAGACAUGUUGGAGGACAAUGGCUGUGUUACUGUGUUGCUAACAAUAACAAUGGCUUUGUUCAAUUCACAAGUUCUUGUAAGCUGUGAAAGUGAACCAGGACCCUGAAACUGACACAGCUAA